AUGCCGCGCGAGACGGACGCACGCGCCGAGCGCUCCGCUCCCGAGCCCGCUAACAUGCGUACGACUGCUCCAGCGGACAGGGCCGCGUCCCUGCACGCUACUGGGGUCGAGUCGAGUACGUCAGAGACGCUACCGAGCACCUCUGAUAGUACUCCUCCCCCAACGAGCGUCGACGAAAGUGUUAUCAACUGUGCACAUGCAGUUCGCGUCACCCGCGUUAGUGAUACUGCGUUUUCGAUCACGCGCGAGUGUUGUGCGUCGAUGCAGCAGCCAUUGGAGACGCCUCCGGACGUCCCCACAACGCAGCAGGACAGCGAAGAUGCACUGCAGCUACUUUUAGGGCUGAUGCCACAUGCAGCCACUGCUCCUCUUGGCGACGACACGGAUAAUGAAGAGGAGGAGAUGCAGGUGGAAAACCCACAGGCAAACGCCCAAGCCAGUUCGUCACGAUCCUCGCGAAAGAGGCAGAAAUCGGACGACGAGUCCUCAGCCCCGGACGCGCGCAAAUUCCAGAAGGAAAACGCGCCAACCGGGACAACACCGCGACGCCGCGCGCGCGCCCCAAGGGUUGACAAAGACGGCUUCACGCCAGCGAAGAAGACCGCAAAACCCAGGCAACAGCUGACCACAGCACCCCUUGGCACAAGCAAUUCCUUCGACGCCCUCAGCGACUCGGAAGACGAGGACCUGGCGCUGCCACCACCGCAACAGCGACAGACGCCGCCGCCGCUCGUGAUCAAGUUUGAAGGGCAUUUUCGCGAACUUCAGAACGCUCUUAACUUGCUGAUCGGCAGGGACAAUUAUAGUGUCAGCGUGUCAGGCGAAGACCUGCACAGAGUGAAAGUUAAGAGCAGUGAACACUUCGCAAAACAACGGCGAGUUCCGGCGGGAAACUCUCACCCACGUGGAGCCCCAGCGCCCGCCAACAGCCGGACAAAGAGAAGACGCGGUCGCCGAGGCCGCGCCACCGGAAGAGCGCAUUCCGGAGCGGUCGUCAACCCCGGCCAGCAGCAGGGGAACUCCAACGCCCGGAACAAAGAACCGCAGCGGCACCACAGGCAGCCGCAGAACACCGCCCCGGCAGCAAAAGGAAAUGGCGGACCAGCUCCGCACGCCGCCAUACUCCAGGUACCUGCGCGCCAACCCGCUGCCCCUGCAGCAGCUCACCAGGCCGUAGCUCCGCCCUCCCCGCCGCAGCGCGAGGCCAGGACGGCGGCGCAGCGGGUGGUAGCCCCGCCUCCCGCGCCCCUGCCACGGCAAGCGGCCCCCUCGGCCGUUCCUCGCACCGGCCGGGCGGACCAAUCAGCGCAGCCCGCCCCGGACCAGAACAGCAUGGCGGACUUUCCGGAGCCGCGAUGGCGGCAGCAGCGGCCAACCACGGCUCAGCAGCGACCUCCACGGCAGCAGCGGCCAACCACGGUACAGCAGCAAACUCCCGCAGCCCUCGUCGACGCCUGUCAACAAAAUGGCGGCAUCCGGGAGACUGGAAGCGGCCAUGUUGUCGGGCCCCGACAAGAUGGCGACCGCAUUGACCGCCUCCUCGACACAAUGCAGCACAUGAUGGCUCGGAUGUCCGAGCUAAUGGCCGCAGUACACCAGGCUCUGAACAUGGCAGGGGAGAGUUCAAAAUCCGCGGACAGGGCUCCCACCCCCCCACCACCAGACAUCACGGAGCCAACGGCUCGAGAACUUCCAGCGAUGGACCAUACAGAAAAAGCCGUCGAACCGCGGUUCUUUUCGACCGAGGUUCUUAAUCACCUGACAAUGGAAGAAAGGCAGAUGCUGCGCGAUGCCCUAGCCAGGGCAGAAUGGAGGGCAAACGCCGCGAAGAAGUCGAAGACACCCGGACGACAUGGCAGCGACUCCGAGGACAACGUGAAAAUACCAGAAUCUUCGGAAGAUUCGGACUACUCGGCAGCCGAGCUAUCGGAGGCCGAAUACGACGACGUGAACGCGGACAUGGUCUGCGACCCACCGAUCGACGCAUCAUCCUCUGAGCAAGCUGAUGGAGCCGGCUUUCAACUAGUCACUAACAAGAGGCGUCGGAAGAAGCCCAGCCAGCCUGCGACCGCAAACGGAGAUAACGACGACCCGAAGCGCGCAAAGACCGACCCAUCCACGUUUGCUGUUCCAGUCAGCAACGCCUACACCGCACUCGCGGACCAGAACAACGACCAACCAGACGCCCAGCAGAGCCAGCCACCACCAACGGCACCAGGACGACCGCCCCCCUUGGUGGUGUACCAUACAAAAGACUAUCUCCGCUUGAACGCGGAGAUUAAGAAGCAUAUAGAAGGCGAGCUCCGCGCCAUAUACAAGGGAGACCACAUAAGACCAGCAAUAAACCUCAGAGGAACGCAACCAAGCCGCCCAACAACAACAGCAGGCCCACCACCACCACCAGCGCCAGCGAACACGGCAACCAACUUCCCUCCUCUCCGACAGCGACGGACGACCCGAGCUGCAGCCUGGGGCCGCCAACCAAACCAAGACGAACAGCAAACUCAACAAGACCAACCAACCACAGGAACAGUCGGCGACGCAAUCAAGCAGAUCACGUCUCUGGUGUCAUCCUUCUUCAAGCCAGACACGUUGAAUAAAGUAAAGAAGACAGCAGAAGACAUCAAAAACGCCAACGACCCCUUCUCAAAGAUGCUCGCGCUGGCCCAAGGUGUAAUCUCGCUGUUUGAAUAG